AUGGCUCGCAGAACUGUUGGGGAAAAAUUUCUUACCCACGAUGAAAUUAUGCAAAUAAUGCAUAGUAUUUCUUCGGAUGAUUCUGGCUCGGAUGCUAUUAAUUCUGAUUUUGAAAGUGACGAUUGCAUACUUGAUACAGAAGAAAAUUCUUUUCAUGCAAUUGAAUCGGACGAAAAUAAGAGUUAUCAAUCAAGCUCUGAAAAUAGUACUGAGCCAGAAGAAGUUUGCUUACCUGUUCCAGGUCGGAAAAAGUUUCGAGGCAGAGGAACACGAACUGAACAGAAUAUAAAUAAUUUGGAUGAGAAUGCCUCGAAAGACGAAGUGGCAAAAAAUGGAACUGUUUGGAAAUCGCUUGACCAAACUACACCUGGAAGACUACCAUCGCAAAAUAUUUUGAAAGAAAAGUGUGGCCCCACAUCAUUUGCAGAAAGAAACGCUGAUCAUGAUUCAGCAACCAGUGUUUGGCGCCUUUUCAUAAAUGAAAAAAUGUUGAAGCACAUACAACAGUGUACCGAAGCAGAAAGCGCAAGAUGCAAAAAUGAUAACUGGAAAGUGACAUUGGCGGAACUAGAUGCAUUUAUCUCCUUGCUUUAUGUUAGAGGCGCUAUGUUAGCUAAAGGGCUUUCUAUUGAUGCUUUGUGUGUGCAAAUGAAGUUUGAUAAAGGUUUUGGUGUUAGAUUUAAUGGAGAUUUAUGA